GAAAAUCGGUGUUGGCAAACUUUGUUUCGGAGAGCACAGAAGGGAUCGGCAGCUGCAGCCCGACGCAGGGCGUGAGUACGAGAAGCCGAACUUGAGCGGGAACAGCAAGGGAGCCGGGUGUCGAUUUGAGUUGUGGGAUUGCAGUGGUGAUCAAAAGUUUGAAACAUGCUGGCCAGCUCUGAUGAAGGACUCUCAUGGCGUAAUAAUAAUCUUCAAUCCUGAGCUGCCCAGUCACCUGAAAGAAAUUGAAAUGUGGUACUCCUCUUUUGUGCAGCAGCAGCCACUGCUUGAUAGUCAGUGUCUCCUGGUUGCACAUCACAAGCCAGGCAGUGCGGGGGACACAGAAAAUCUGUCCUUGGCUUACCCGCUGAACAAGCUAAAACUAAUUCAUUCCAACUUAGAAGAGGAUCCUGAAGAUGUUCGGAUGGAAUUUAUGAAAUACUUCAGAAGCAUUAUCACCUUAAUAAAUGAAAGCAGAGAGAGGGAAGAAAUGUCAAUUAUCUCAUAACGUUAAAAUAGAUACUGAACAGGGGAAAAAAAGAAUUAUUGUCACUUUGUAAGCUAUACUGGCCUGUGAACAGGUCCCCACAGUGAGAAUUUGCCAGCCUAUAAACACUUCAGCCAAUAACCAAGUGCUGACACCAGAUGAACUGUGGUGCCAGAGAGA